AUGACAGCCAGUUCGGUACGUGGUUUCCUGAACCAGCUCAUGAAGAUCUUCCACGAGUACUCUAGCUCGAUCACCUCGAACAACAUCGUUCUAGUGCUGGCGCAGAUCAUGGGAAUGUACUUUAUCUCAUCGGUACUGCUCAUGCGUACCAGUCUCCACGAAGACUAUCGUGUCAUCAUCACCCAGAUUCUCGGCGACAUCGAAUUCAAUUUCUAUCACCGUUGGUUCGACUUUUUAUUUUUGGCAAGUUCGUUCUUCACCGUUCCCACCUUAAUAUACAUGUCUAAAUCAUCACAACAUCUUGCUGAAGAAUAA